AAGAUUAAUCACACUCUGGCGCUCAGCAUGUCGUUGUUAGCUUUGAAGGGUGCUUCAUUCUCCUUCCAUCCAUCCAAUUCAACUCCAGACAACAAUUUCCCAUUCCCGUCCACUUCAUUUCCAGUUUCUACAAUCAAAUGCUCACCAUUCUCGCAGAAAUCAUGUAGAAAUGGAAACUGGGUUUCUCUCAGAAUUAGAUUUCUCGCGAAAUCUGAUACAAAUUCUAAGCAACAACUUCCCCGGGAAACUCUUGCACCUUCCACUGAUGGUAGUAGUUCAUCGUCAACUGCAACUAGUUUCUUGUCUGUUCUUUGUCCGUUGCUCAAGCUAUUCUCUGACAUGUUGCAUUUGCUGCAAAUGCCAUUUGUUUUCACAAUUUUGUUUUUUGUGGUGGUCUUAUGCUUCAUCUUACCAGUGUGUGAUUAUCAUUUCGCAGGGAGGAGAUCCUUCUCAAGAACGGAAUUAUGUUUUGGAGGCAGCAACAUCUUCAUUGUCUACCUUUGCACGACUUCCAUGGGGAUCAAGAUCACUAUUGGAGAGUUUUGACAAAUCAGAGACAACUUCAGAUUCUUUUAAGCAUUUACAGCUCUUUGAAUUUGAAACAUGCCCCUUUUGCAGGAGGGUCCGAGAGGCACUGACUGAGCUAGAUCUUUCAGCUGAGGUGUAUCCUUGUCCAAAGGGCUCUGUAAGACAUAGGGAAAUGGUCAGAAAUUUUGGUGGCAAAGAGCAGUUUCCAUUUCUAGUUGACCCAAACACCGGUAUUUCAAUGUAUGAAAGUGGUGACAUUGUGAAGUAUCUAUUUCAGCAAUAUGGUAAAGGGAGAAGCCCCUCAAUGGGGCUUUUGGAGAGCACAUUGUUCACAGGAUGGGUGCCAACAAUUCUUCGAGCAGGAAGAGGAAUGACCAAGUGGGAAAGGGCCAGACCAGAUCCACCAUCGGAGAAGUUGGAACUUUUCUCGUUUGAGAACAAUCAGUAUGCCAGAAUUGUGCGAGAGGCACUUUGUGAAUUGGAGCUCCCAUAUAUCCUUCAAAAUGUCGGAGCAGGAUCUCACCGGACAAAUUUGUUGCUUGAGUUAUCUGGAUCCCAAGAGGUGCCAUUUUUAGUUGAUCCCAACACCGGUGCUCGAAUUGGCAGCUACAAGAAUAUCUUGGCAUAUUUAUUUACGACAUAUUCAGCAGCUGCAAUAUAGUUUCAACUUCUGACAUCUACUACCUGAAAAUGCCAUUGGAGGCAAUUCUAGGCACAUACUAUAGCAUGCAUACAUAUUUUAAUGCCGUGUUCUGUGAUAUAAUAAACAUUAUUUACAUUUUUUUCCCAUGAUGAAACCAGCAGCUACCGUUUUCCACUGAUGGGAUUGGUCUGUCUUAGUUUGAAGCAAAUAUAGCGAAAAUGAUGUCAACAAUUUUGAUAUUUAUUGAUCAACAUGUGGGGCCUUUUCUUUCCCCUUUAACUUUGUGAGAUUAACUUGUUUC